UAUCAAAUGAAACUAUAGAAUGUCUUCUUUUUUUUGUGUACACUCACAAUCAAAAUAAAACUUUGUGCUUUUUAAAAAUAAAUAAAAUAUACAGGGUGUGCUGUCCUGCCAUCUCCGUCUCUGCAAACAUCAUUCUAAAACGUCACUAAAAGUAACUAAAAUAGAUGGCUUAUACAUGCUACAUGGACAUGAGAGAUAUGUCUUUGCAAAGCUUUAAGUGUCUACUUUUAAACGAAACAAAUAAAUUCUAAAAAAAAAUAUUCUCCCUUUAUGUAAUCAGUAUAAAAGUAAAGAGAGGUACUGUUUCUCCUGUCUUACCUAAUUAUCUUUAAUGUGUGCCCGCCCACGCGCAGAGCGCUCUAUUCAUAAGAUAAUAAGCUGAGGCGAUCUAUGCAAACUGUAAACGCCCCUAACAGCGUCUUAAAAAGCAUCAAGUUUCAUCAGAUUCAUUCGCUUUCCUGCGCGUUUGGAAGAUGGCACGCUACUCAGGUGAGCAGCCUCUUCAGAUGGUCCUGGACAGUGAGGAAGAGUUCACUUUUUCCUCGGAAGAAGAACACGACUCUGACGAUGAACGUCUGUAUUUUGAAGAGCGACUUGAUCCAGCUGAAGAUACAGUUUCUGAUGAAAAUGUGGAUCCAUCACUCUCGCAUUCACCUGCAAUUCUCACUAAGAGGGCACGCAGCAACACAGGCGAUAAUGAGAAAGAGAAUGUGGAUCCAUCACUCUCACAUUCACCUGCAAUUCCCACUAAGAGGGCACCCAGCAACACAGGCGGAAAUGAGAAAGACUAUAGCCCUAAUGAGAGUGCUCCAAAACCCCUUGCAAAAAAGGCCAAGAAAAACAUUCAGACAAGCAACAGGCAUUCAGCUCUGUCAUGGAAAACAGAUAAUGACACUGACAUGGUUCCACAGACUCUGAGAUUCCUACCUGCACGGGAACCUGGACCACAGCUGCGUCCUGCUGAUGAACACACUCCUAAGAGUCUCUUCAAAAUGUUCAAAAUGCAAGGAAUAAUGCCACCGCUGGUCGUCGGAACUGCAUGCUUUGCAAAGUACAGCUUGGUAAAAGGCAAGACACACCUUGGAAAUGCCAUGCAUGUGACAUUUACUUGUGUCUUCAGUUGAAAAGGAACUGUUUUCAAAAAUGGUACACAGAUGUGUGACUGUUCAGAUUCUCUGUUCACCACCUCUCACUGACCAUUGGGCUGCAAAGAUUAUCUAUAUGUGAUCAAGCAGGUUAUGUAUAGGGUGUAAAAGUGGGCUUUUUUUAUAAACCUUACCUUUAUUUGCCUGUAUACACAAAAUGUACCUUUGACC